AUGGCCCAGACACAGCCGCCCAAGGCGACGACCGCGCUGCCGCUGUCGGCGUGUGUGUCGCUGGCCGACCUGGAGCAGGUUGCGCGGACGAAGCUGUCGCCACGAGCGUCGGCCUACUACUACAGCGCAGCCGAGACGCACACGGCGUACGGGCGCAACCGGGACGAUUGGGGCCGGAUCAGCUUCCGGCCACGGGUGAUGCGAGACGUGACGCGGGCUUCGAUGCAGACGCAGAUCAUGGGAGCCGAGAGCACGCUGCCGCUGUUCAUCGCGCCGGCAGCCUCGGCCGGCCUGGGCCACGCAGAUGCCGAGCGCUGCCUCGCGCGUGGUGCUGCCCGCAUGGCGAUCCCGCAGUGCGUCAGCUCGGUGGCGUCGCUGCUGCCGCGCGACAUUGCGGCGACCUUUUUUGGCGAUCCGCAGCGGCGCGGCGGCGCCGUCUUCUUCCAGCUGUAUGUGCCGCGGCGGAAAGCGGACGCAUGCCGACGCAUCGACAUGGCCAAGGAGGCCGGUUUUGAGGCGCUCGUCAUGACGGUCGAUGCCAAUGUCAUCGGCAAGCGCGAUGAGGACGACCGGUUCCGCCUGUUACGCCUGCACGAACGCCGGGCACGCGGCGAGAAGGGAGUCGAGGACGAGUACGACAACAGCUCGCUGCCUCUGCACGAGGUCGGGGCCGACAGCACCGCCAACGCUGGCAGCACUGCCCUCGACGACUCCCUCCUGCUCCCCCCUCUCCCCGGCCACGAGGCCGAGACGCUCCGGGUCUGCUACACGCCCGCGCUCGUCUGGGAGGACCUCGCCUGGAUCCGGGCUCGUUGGGGCAGCCGGCCGAUCAUCGUCAAAGGCAUCCAGUCGGUCGAGGACGCGGUCGAGGCCACCCGCCACGGCGUCGACGGCAUCUACCUCAGCAACCACGGCGGCCGCCAGCUCGACUACGCCCCCAGCGCUGUGCAGACCUUGCUCGACAUCCGCCGCCUCCACCCCGAGCUCCUUGCCAAGACCAAGAUCUACCUCGACGGCGGCGUCACCCGCGGCUCCGACGUCGUCAAGGCUCUCUGUCUGGGCGCCAGUGGUGUUGGCAUCGGCCGCGGCUUCCUCUUUGCCCUGAGCGCCUACGGCACUGACGGUGUCAUCAAGGCUAUCAGCAUCCUCAGUGAUGAAAUCCAGACGACCAUGCGACUACUAGGAGUCAACGACAUCUCCCAGCUGAACAACAAUUACCUCAAUUUGUCAGAUUUCAGCCAACCGCAGGCAAAACUCUGA